UUGCAGCGGGUCCUUGCACUUGUCCUCCAUGUUGCCGCUUUAAUUCUGCAAAGCAGUCAAAAUCCAACAGUGGGGAGAGAAAUAAGGCUGUAUGAUUGUCGUAACUACAUAGACACUGCUGCUGAAAUCUUCACCUGGGUGGAUGGAAGAUGCCCAAUGUGUCGAGUUCAUCCCUGGAGACAAUGGAUAAGUUUGUGGUGGUGGUCAGCGAUGAUGCGAAGAGCGCUGAAGGUUGGGGAGGGGGCCGGCGUGGGAUGGCGCAGCGAGCGGGCGCCGUCCCACGUCAGAGCGACGGGGAGGACGAGGACGAGAGACCCAGGAAGAAGAGGAAGGCAAAUGGCAGCCCCGGGAAGGAACGGCAGCAACCUCCCCCUCAGCCCCACGGGGACUGGUGGGAGAUGUCGCCCACCCCCUCCCCCUCCUGGAGGAACAUCCGAGCGGAGGGCCUCUCCUGCGACUACACCAGACUCUUCCCAACCUCCGAGGCCGACGCCAUCUUCUCGCAGUUGGAGGGGGAGCUGGAGUAUUUUUCAGGUGAUCUGACAAAGGUGCAGGUAUUUGGGAAGUGGCACAGCAUUCCCCGCCAACAGGUGACUUACGGAGACCCGGGCCUGACCUACAGGUACUCGGGGGUGACCCUGACCCCAAAGCCUUGGAUUCCUCUGCUGCUGAGGAUACGAGAGAGGGUCACACAGGUGACAGGGCACACGUUCAACUUUGUACUAGUCAACAGGUACAAGGACGGGAGAGACCAUAUUGGGGAGCAUCGAGAUGAUGAGCGGGAGCUGGCGCCAGGCAGCCCCAUUGCCUCCGUCUCAUUCGGCGCCUGCAGGGACUUCGUCUUGCGGCAUGGCGAUUCGCGGGGGAAGGGUGCCCAGCGGCGGCGGGGGGCGGUGGCCCCGGUGAAGCUGCCCCUGGCCCACGGCAGCUUGCUGGUGAUGAACUACCCCACCAACGUCUACUGGUACCACAGCCUGCCCGUCCGCAGAGCGGUGCUGACCCCUAGGGUCAACCUGACCUUCCGCCGGGUGCUGCCCUCGCUGGCGCCCUGAGCCCCCGGUUCACUCCGCGCCUUUGUGGCUCCGUCUUCGGUGUAAGGGCGGCGCAGCGGUAGAGUUGCUGCCUCGCAGCGCCAGGUUCGAUCCUGACCACGGGCGCUGUCUGUAUGGAGUUUGUACGUUCUCCC